AUGAAGUUCUUCGUCGUCUCCAUGGUCAUCGCUUUAGUGCUUGCGACUCUCGCGGCCGCAAUGCCCGUCCAGGACGUCAACUCUCGCGCCGCGCAGGCUGUGCAAGAGACCAACGCUCAGCGUCUUGCACGCGGGCUUCCGCCUUUGAAGCCGCGCGCCAUGGGGACUCCCACGGAGGCCAAGCGUCAAGCGCCCUCUGCCAUGCGUCGUCAGGCUCCCUCUGCUCAGCGCCGCGCACCCGGCCGCCUUGCAUACCGUUCUGACCGCGAUCGCUACGCUGGUAUCUACGCCAGUGUCUGA